UCAUAUGAAGUGAGCUGACAAGAAGCGGGACUGCAGAGAGCCUUGGGAAGAAGGAAAAGUCGCAUCAGUAACAGAGAGUACGAGAGCAGGAAAGAAACCAAAAGAAAGGUUCCUAUAUCUCUCGGGCCUGCCUCGGCGACACCGGUCUCUUUGUCUCGUAUCAUUGUGGAAUUAUGUGGCGUGGAAAACACAGGCUACUCGGGUGCGUCCUCCUCGUGAGCAUUCUCCAAGUCAUGUGUUGGAGAUCAAGGCCUUCUCCGACCGUGUCCCAAGACUGUCGGAAGAUGAGUUAUCUGCAUGUCAAACUGUUGGAAGCCAAGAAGGAAGCGGAAGAAAGCGGAGGAGGAGGCGAAGGUGCUGCUGCGAAUGCAGACGUUUACGGGAGACUUGCCAGAGCGGGCUCGAGGCCGCCGAGCUGCGUGCACAAGUGCGGAGGCUGCACGCCAUGCACGGCCACACAGGUGCCGGCAACCACGGAUCAUUCGAGGACGCAGUAUGCCAACUACGAGCCCGAGGGGUGGAAGUGCAAGUGUGGCUCAGCUUUCUAUAACCCAUAGGGUUACAGCUUUCUUAUAAUGCUUGUCUCGUCCGAUCCCUUCUAUGCUGUGAUCGCAGAUACAUGAUCAAA